AUGGUAGUCGACCCCGAGGCUGAGCUGGCCCAUCUGCCUCCGGCGGUCACCAGGCAGGCCUCGUUCAACGACAGCCCGACCAUCCGCGGUGCACCGCCAAUGGAGAGCGGCUGGUAUGAGAGCCCGCGUAAUUCGGUAUUUGGCGACGACCGCUACGACCGCCGCGGCGCCAGUGGAAGGACGAACUACCCGACAUAUCGGUUCUCUACACACUCGGCAGACGCUCAUCCCAUGCCGCCAACGAGGAGUCCUCCGCCACCGGUGGGAAUCGGAGUAAAGGACGAAGUUUACAUCACCAUGUCCGAGGAGCAGUGCGACAUACCCACCAGGCGCCGGUACAUCACCAAGCUGUGCAAGGCCACACUAGUCUACGGCUCGCCCACGCACAGGAUCGUGCCAUACAUCCAGAUGGCAGCGCGCGCCCUGGACAUGGAGAUAUACAUGCUCUACGUCCCAGACAACAUCAUCCUCGCCUUCGACAGCCCAGACGACGUCGACGGCAAGGGAAUCUACCAGCCGACCGAGCACGUGCUGCACGGGCGCAUCUCGGUCGCCGAGGGGAUCCGCCGGCUGGACCACAUCGAGCAGCGCAACGACGGGCACAACGUGUGGUUCAUGUUCAUGAUCUUCGGCUUCGCGGCCGUGGGCAUCGCGCCCUUUGCGUACCGGGCCCGCUUCAUCGACCUGCCCGUCGCCUUCAUCACGGGCAGCCUGCUGGGCGUCAUGCAGCUCAAGUUCGCGCCCUCGCACCCGCUGUACGCGCUCAUCUUCGAGGUCACGGCCGCCAUCCUCAUGUCCUUCCUCGGCCGCAUGCUGGGCUCGAUCCGGGGCGCCGACGGGUCCCGCAUCUUCUGCUACUCGGCGCUCACGCAGUGCUCCAUCAACCUGCUCAUGCCUGGUUACUGGAUGACCAACGCUGCUCUGGAGAUCAUGACCAAGAACAUCGUCACUGGUGGCUCGAGGAUGAUGUACGCCCUGAUUUACUCGCUUCUUCUCGCUUAUGGAAUCGCCAUCGGAUCGACGCUGUAUGGUUACAUGGACUAUGAUGCAGUCAGCAACCCACGCUGCGAGAACCUGAUCGACCGGCGGUGGAAUCUGUUCUUUGUGCCCUUCUUUUCGGUCCAGGUCGCCAUCAUCAGCGGAGCCAAAUGGCGGCAGAUCCCAGCUAUGGUCUUCAUAUCCUUCAUGGGCUACCUAAUCAACUUCCUCUCAGUCGACCUCUUCCACGGCUCCUUCACCAUCUCCCACACCCUGGGCGGCUUCAUGAUCGGCCUCCUGGGGAACCUGUACUCCAAGUUCGGCUGGCAGGUGGAGCACCUCAUCUACGACCGGGGGCUCGGCACGGGCAGCAGCAACCGGCGCAGCAGCCGCAUCGGCCUGGGCGCGUCCCAGGGGUUCGCCCUCGCGGCCGCGGGCAUGGUGCCCGCCAUGACCGUGCAGGUGCCGUCCGGGCUGGCCAACACGGGCAUCGUGGCCGCGGGCCUGCAGACGGCCGACGCCAUCGUCCGCAACACCACGGCCAACAACCAGGCCUUCCCGCUGGGCGAGCUCCAGCUCGACGCGAUGCCCAUCCUGCUGCAGGUCAUCCAGAUCGGCAUCAGCAUUGCCAUGGGGCUGUCGCUGGCCGCGUUGCUGCUGUACCCGCUCGGGAAGAAGAGGAGUGGCCUAAUGGCAUGGUGA